CGUAGGAGAACGUCUCCUUUUCGCCCGGUCACGAAAGAGAGGGAGUAGAAAUCUGACGUUUCGUUAUCAUUGCUCGACAGUCCUCGAUACCACGAGCCGACGCUUCGUUCGACCCUAUCCUCUCGCGUGUGACCCUUGCUAGUACUGGGUCGCGUGCUGUCGUUCGUCGGGAGUGCUCCGAGUGCGAGAUAAACAGUGCAUUCGGUCGUUGAAGUGCGUCGUGUGUCGUCGCGUGCCUCCGAGGGGCCUCCAGAGUCGACGACAGUUUAAAAAGUUUUUCCCGAGGCUCGAGGGCGUCGUGAACCGUGGGUGAAAGAAAGAGAGAAAGAGAAAGAGAAAGAGAGGGAUAGAGAAAACGGACUAUUUAACACGCUCCUAAUAAUAGCCGGUGCGCGUUCGUACGCGAGUAUACUAAGCGCCUAUAAAUACACACCUACCACGGCCCGCGGAAACACGAGCCCGUGGAUUUCACGGUGCAACCUGCCACGAGGAGAAGAAAAGACGCGAGCCGAAGGGAAAAGGGGGAGAAUAAUCUUGAAGGAGGGCGCACCUGGCGCUCUAAGAGAAACUUGCCAUAAUCGGAUCUAGUCGGAGGCAGUAACGCAAGAUAAUCGCAGGCCGAGGGACAGAGUGAGAGAGUAAGAGAGAGAGAGCAAGGUAGACAGAGAGCGUGUGUGCGUGUGUGUGUAGCAAUCGGUCCACCGGCUGCUGGUGGUACCAGUCUGAAAGCAGAUUAGAGAAUAACCGCACCUGGAGUGAGAUUUUAUUAUUUCACGGUAUAUAUCUUUUUCUUUCCCCUGUUCGUAACACGAGAAACAUCCCGGUGCCGCGGGAGUUCGUCGGCAGUCGAGCUUGCAGCAACUCUCUACCAGCGGCGACCUAAAAAUAUCUCCUUCCUGCAUAUUCCGGACGCGUUUACACCGUCACGAAAUCUCGCUUGUUGUUCCUCGCGUUGGCGUAUACUUUCCUACGCCCCCUCCCCUUAUCUGUGCUUUCUUUUCGUCCGUCGCGUACGACCACUCGUCGAACGUGCACGAUUCCCUCGACCAUCGGCCAGAGAAUCGCGUUAACAGUUCUCCGGAAGUAACCAGGUUCCGCCGUGAACUUAAGACCCGACGCGGCAGGAAAUACGAACCGAGGAUGCCUCGCGGGAAAUCGUGUGCGAAACAGUACCGUGGAUGACCGUGAGAGGUAUGAGGAUCGUCGAGUUCGGUUCAACCAGUGGCUCGCGUGCAGCUAGAUACCCGCCGUCGGAACGAUUCUCGAUAGGACCAGGUCCCGUCCGUCGGCCGAGCGAUCGGUGCGUGAAUCGUACGCGAGGGAUCGAGGACGAGGAGGAGGAGGAGGAGGAGAAGGAUAACGAUUCGAUCGCGUGGUAAAACAAAAGAAAUCACAGUGAGUGCGACGAAGUGCAAAGAAGAGCCGAAGUGGUUCACGGUGGAGGGUGGAGGGAACGGUGUGCAAGGGGUCUCCGCCGUGGGCCCCGGAGAUGACGCGAUGAUGGCCUACGGAGGAACCGCCGGAAACGGGGGCGCGAUGGGACCGACGUCUGCUGGCGCGGACGUUUUGGGCUCGACGGGUGAUUACAGCCCGCAGGGGACACCUACGCCGCUCACGGGACACGCGGCAGGAUCCGUCGAGGUGAGCACCUACGGUCCUGGAACAGGACCGACCAGCUACAGUCCCCAGGAUAGUCCGGCCAGCUCCGCCGGCGGCGGCGGUGGCGGCAGUAGCAACGGACAGCUUCCCAGUUUCGGGUUCACCCAGGACCAAGUCGCCUGUGUUUGCGAGGCGAUGGUGUCGUCUGUCCAGGUUCUCCAGCAGGCGGGAUCCGUGGAGAGGCUUGGCAGGUUUCUGUGGUCCCUGCCGUCGUGCACCAGGUUGCACCGGCACGAGAGCGUCCUGAAAGCCAAAGCGAUCGUCGCCUUCCAUCGGGGACACUUCAAGGAACUGUACAGGAUCCUGGAAAGUCACACGUUCAGCCUGCACAAUCAUCAGAAACUGCAGGCUCUCUGGCUCAAAGCCCAUUAUAUCGAGGCCGAGAGACUGAGAGGAAGGCCCCUCGGGGCAGUUGGGAAAUAUCGCGUUCGACGCAAAUUCCCACUGCCUAGAACGAUUUGGGACGGCGAGGAGACAUCCUAUUGUUUCAAGGAGAAGUCCAGGAGUGUGUUGAGGGAUUGGUACGCUACCAAUCCGUACCCGUCGCCCCGCGAGAAGCGAGAAUUAGCCGAAAGUACGGGCCUAACCACUACGCAAGUCAGUAAUUGGUUCAAGAACCGAAGACAAAGGGAUCGUGCAGCGGAACACAGCGGCCAGAGAGAGGACAAGGCCCACGGCGGUGGACUCGGGGAUUCCAGCAGCGAGAGCGGCGACGAGAAGAGACAGGCCGUCGGCCAGCAACAGCAACAGCAACAGCAACCCUCGGCGUGCGCCGUCCAACAGCAACAGCAGCAGCAACAGAUGGUGGAGCACCAGCAAACGUCUGGCAUGUACCAACUUCCGCCUCCGGUCUCCGUUUCCAGUCCUCACUCGUACCACCAAGGCCACGGCUCGACCUUGAGCCAUCCUCACACGCCGACGCACCAUAUGCAGCACCACGACACCAGCAGCGAGAGCGGCGACGACAAGCGAAAUCUUCAUCAUCAGCUGCAACAUCAUCUUCAGGUCGGUGCUCACGGUACUCACGGCUUGGUACAUCCCACGGCGACCUUGCCGCCGCCGCCACCCAGCUGCGCCCAACAGAAGAGCCAGUUGGACUAUAUGCAGUACUAUAGUCCACAGGACUACCUGAUAGGCACGCCAACCUCGGCGGACCUCCAAAAGUCCCUGCCCCACACGGCCACGACGAUGCAGAUGGGUGCUAUAGCUCCUUCCAUGGGUGGGCUGAGCCCAAUGGGUCCAUCGACGAUGUUGCCCAACACGAUGCAGGGCGUGAACACGAUGAACACCAUGUCGAUGAACGGCAUGGGGAUGGGGACUUACCAGGGGAUGGGUGCCAUGGGGAUGGCCACGUCGCACAGCACUUAUCACAGUGGUCUAGUGCUGGGCGAUUAUCAUUCGUUGUGACCCUGGGCCCCGGGCAGCCAGGGUAAGAGGAACCAAGAGAAAACUUAAUGGAGAACUCGUUUCGAUUCGUGAGGAUCUGCCACGGAAUUAUCCUUUGAAACAAUUAAACUGUUCGCCCUACCCCUCCCAGAGCUACCGUCGAGCCUCUCGAGAGACGUGUCGUGUCCGCGAUAGGACCAGCUUUUCGUACUGGGCGGAAUAUCUAGGUAAUCAGAGAACGUUUCUCGGGUAGAUCGUAUUCGGUGGGUUUGUCGAAUCGAAUUUACGGUAAAAAAUGAAGGAAUCGACGAGGUCCCUGGACCGUCGAUUGGUCACAGGUUGGACAAGUGUUUUAAAAGAGAAUGUCAAAAAAAUAUCUUGAUCCGAGUGACCGUUCUGCCUCGACUUUCGCAUAGAAACCGAGGACUAUGGGGCAGGGUAUAUGGAGCUCGGUUGGUAAACGGGAAGAUCGAGGCAGCAGGGAGAAAAGGACGCUUCCGGGUGAAAUAGCAAAAGACAUGUUAGCAUUUUUCUUUUCGCGUAUCGCCUUACGCGCGACAAGGCAGAGCUCGUACACUUCCAAGAAACACGGCCCCGGGCCGUGUCUAUUUUUUCGCGGUACCAACCCAUCAUCCCCCUUCUAAUCUCGUAGCGUUAAAACACCCCCGUACCUAGAUCCCCUGAGAAUAAGAGACGCAUACGUUAUUUACGGUUACCAGUAGUCGGCUAAGACUGUACACGCCUCGGAGUUCCGUUGGUAGCUUCUGUUGCAUGCGGCGGUACAAACGUUUAGAAUUAAUUUUAUCGCGUACAAAUAUUAGAAAAUAUUUACUACGAAAUUGGGUACGAUUAGUAAAUUUUUAACGUUAGAAAUAAAUGACUUCGGAAUCGCCAUUUUAACGCGAAAACUCGUUGCUUCCCACGUCGUAGAAUCGACGGUAAAAACAAGAUGGCCGACACUGACGAGCCCAGAAAGUUCUCGGAAGCCACAGUCCGUUGUUCGAAAGACGACCAAGAAGCAGACAAAGUCAUGAACGAUCCCUGAGGCGUGUACAGAUCUCGAGCCAUCCGCUAAUUAAUUAACGUCGCUAUAACGAACCACACACGCUCUUUACACACAACCUUCUUACACCGUACGCUUCUGUGUUUGUCCUGUGUACAUAUGUAGAUAAUACACACACACACACACACUCACAUACACGUGCAUUCGAGAGAAGAUUAAGUUAAUCUCGUUUGUAUUAGGCGAGCGCCGGGUGCACGCGAAUGGCAAUUCAAUUUCGCCGAACGGGACGCAAUUAUUCGAGGGAAAGAUAUUAAUUUGCAACCGGGGCUUAAAAUUUUCAAUUCCAAUUAUUCGAGACCGGCGAUCACUGUGUUGGUAAUUAUCUUUAUAAUGCGUCGAUGGUAUCGAUACCAGAUAAUAAACGUCGAUAUUUAUUAAUCACGUGCAAGCACGUACUUGGUAGCAUUUUUUGGUACCGAUACAUUCAUAAUUAAUAUUGAUAACCAACCCAAAAAUACUUGUUAUAAAGGAAUUGACCAUUAUUGCUCGUUCCAUAUUAAUUAGAAUUUAUUAUUUUUUUAUAUUGGCAUCGAAUAUCGAUACUUACCGCCAAGUACUUUGGUAUCGAAUUGCUCGAAUAACGUCGAUAUAUACAUAUAUCGCACGAAACCCUCGCCUACCAACUUCUGUACAGACUGUUCGAGAGUUUGUCCGAGCUUCCACGAUAGUUGGCUUUAGUUCAAAACGAAAACGCCUCUUGAUCAAUUUCUGGGUGAAAAUUGGUUUCGAUCGUUCCGCGAACGGAAAAGAGACGCGCGGAUUUGAACGCUAUGCAAAUUAACUCGAAGCGACGCGUAGUAGGCGGAGCAGCUGUUUCCUGCCAACCAAUUGCUUGGUGCCAAUCUUUGCUUCGCGAAUAGAAUCAGCAACACCUUUUCAGACCGAACAGUUCGAGCCAGAGAUGGUCAAAAUGUUGAAAUCAAUUUAUAUGCCAUUGAAAUCACCGUAUAUAAUUUACGUGUUUUUAUUAAGAUCAUUUCUAAUGAUCAACUACUAGACAAUUGAGUUAGAUCCUUAGUUGUUAUGCCAGCAGUGCUGGUAGUUUAAUUUUAGCGGUAAGACAUUACGAUUGAUGAAAUUAACAACAAUUCCGGUCGAGUGCAUUCUUUAGAACUUGUUGCAGUACAUAACGUUUUUAAAAUUUGUUCGUUCGCUUUCCUCGCCUGAAAUCCUCGAACGAUCUGUACAGGGACGUCCAAAAUCGCCGUUCGAAGAGAAUCUUGAAGUAAUCCGUUGAUUUCUCGAGCACCCGGUAUAAGAUAAACACUGUCGUAGCAUAAGUUAGCCCGUAAGGUAUCAUUUAAUCGCAGUUCGCAGUCUGUACAUAAACGUAAAAACGUGAAACGAGAGUGUUAGAGAAAAGUGUGACCAGAGUGCUAGAGAAAUAGAGAGAGAGAGAAGAAUGAUUGAGAAGAGUAAAGGAGGAGGCAAAAAGCAGCAGGAAAUAUAGGUAUCGCGCACCAGAGGUGACAAACAGAGUUUUGAGGGGGUAGGAAAGCAAGAGUUAUCGGUUCUCUAUUUAAGAGGCAUCUCUCGCGCAGAUGUCCCGGAAUGUAUUCCGUUCGCUGCGACAUUGCCUUGUAAGAUUCUUAUCUAGGACACUGGAGGAAGGGAAAGGAUUUUUCCCUUUAGAAAUAGUCCUCGGGACGAAACAGGGUAAGUUAGAGAAAAAGGGGGCGAGAAGUGGAGGAUACCAGAGACGGGCAAAAUUUUAUUCGAACAAGAUGACACAUUCUUUUUAUUGUUUUAUCCGACGAAAAGGCAAAAUGUACAUAGAGGAAGUAUACGAAACAGGGUGAACGAACGAGACUCGAUCGAAUUAGGUUGCUUUAGGUAGUUUUAAAUCGUACAAAGGCCUACAAAAUUAUGAUCGAUCAAAACGUUGAGCAAGUCAUUGUUCGAAAUUGUCAACCGGGCAAGAAUUUUGCCUGUUUCUGGGGGAGGAAACUAACUAGCAAAGAAUACGAAAGAAAGACGAUAGAGGCGCUUUUGUAUAGAAUUCACAUCUGAGACUCUUAGCAGCACCGGAAGUUCGCGCCAGUCGGUAUACGAGAAAGCCACGACUGGUUUCUGCCAGGCUGGACAAUUUUUAUAUCGUAAAUUUUUAUUCUAGUUACCUAUUUAAUUUUCACCCUACAAAAUUAUCGAUUCUUUUAUACCUCUAAUCUAGAGAACUAUAAAAUAAUGCAGAGGUUCCCAAAUUUACCCUCACCCAUAAAAUAUGUUCUAUGGUCGUUAAAAAAUAUUGUCCACGUGUUAAGAACCCCCUAAAAGUAUUGUCAAGUCACUAAGAGCUCAAUGAAAGUAUUGUCGAUGCAACAGGGGCGCCAGUAAAAGUAUUAUCGAGAGCUCCGUGAAACUGAAACGGUUGGGAACCUCUAGUACACACUGUUUUUUAAAUAAUUUACACACCGAAUGUAUAUAUAAAGCAGCAGUGAUUUAAAAAAGACGAAAAUUGGAUAGCCCGUCGCAGUGUUUCUCGGUAUCGACGUUCUCUACGAGACACUCGCAAUCCCGUGGACGAUCGCGAGCAAAAAUGUUUCGAUUCACGCACAACCUAUGCUUUGUACGCCACAGUAUACACGUACUCUUCGCCAACGGGCUGCACGCGCGCGGUGUUCUGGCAAAAAAAUGCACACAAGCGCGGAUUGAAAACACGCAUGUUUCGAAAACGGUACGUUUCUCUCUUGGAACGUUUGUUUAACACCGUGAGAAAACAAGCAAAUCGUUUGCUCUCCGAGUACAGCGUCGAACGUUCGAUCGAGAUUUUUUUUUUUUUUUUAAAUUUCGAUCUACUAUUUCUUCUUAGACGGACAUCGUUCGAUACGUUACACAAGCUUUUCUACACGCGAGCAAUAUCGUGUUCGAAUCAAUUAUAUUUCUUAACUAGGUUUCCGAGCAGUCUUUUUAUCUCGUUUUGUACAAUCAACUUUUAUGGAGGAUCGAUCGUUCGAUUUAUUUUCAUUUAUUUCGAUCUGCUGAAUACGAGCAACCUCCCGAUCAACGUUUAAUCAUUGUUAUCACUCGAAACAUAUUGCUGACCGAGCAAGGAAAACAUGGAACGCCCACAGUGAGAGUUUAAUUAUCCAAUUAAAUGAAUAAAUUACAAGUUCCACGGCCAUUGAUCAAAAUUCAUCCACGUUUGCACAAAUUGUCUAGCCACAACGAUAUUCGAGUACUCGAACAGUCGAAUACGAUUUACGAUUAGAACGAAGAGUAUCGCAAACAAAGGAAACGCGCUAAAGGAAUGAUAAUAGAGGAGACACACGUAGAGUCACACACACACACACACCCACACACACACACACACACGCAUGCAAUUAUACGAUGAAAGUGUUUCACUAAGCAAAGACGAUUAUUAAUAACUGAGAGUUCUUCCCCGAGUACUUCUCAUUUGUGUAUUUUAACGGACAAGCCUAACGUUGCACAACUAACUAAGACAAAUUGCUAAGAGAAGCAAAGAGUGAACGAUAGAAAAAGAGUGAGAGCGAGAGAUUGGUAUUAUCGCGUAUGUGUGUGAAUGAAGACGAAACGAAAGAAGGGGUGGCAUGAUAGACAAGUAAGAAGAUCACGAUGUACGAUCGAACUGUAAUCGAGUAAAGUUGAUGUUAUUUAAAGUAA